AUGAUUAAUUACAUAACCUUUUUCUUUUUAUGCUUCAUCUUCUCGUGGCUUCCGCUGUGCCAAAAUACAAGAAUGACUUGUACCCAGAAAUACUCCAUCAUACUACCAACAUAUAAUGAGAAAGACAAUUUACCAUAUGUAAUAUAUAUGAUCAUAAACGAACUAAAAAAGAAAAAUGUCAAAUUUGAAAUUAUUUUAGUAGAUGAUAACAGUGAAGAUCAAACAUCUGAUGUAUAUAAAAAAUUGCAAUCCAUAUUUGUAGAAGAACAAUUAUUACUAAUAGAAAGAAAAGGAAAAUUAGGUUUAGGUUCAGCAUAUAUUGAAGCAUUAAAAAUUGUAUCAGGAAAUUUUGUAAUUAUUAUGGAUGCUGAUUUAUCACAUCACCCUAAAUAUAUAUAUGAUUUUAUAACAAAACAGAAGGAAACAAACUGUGAUAUUGUCACUGGUACUAGAUAUAAUAAACAAGGGGGAAUAUCAGGAUGGACUUUCAAAAGAGUUCUAAUUAGUCGCAUUGCAAAUUUUCUUUCCCAAUUUCUUUUAUUUACUAACUUAACCGAUUUAACUGGUUCCUUUAGGCUGUAUAAAACAGAAGUGCUGAGAGAAGUUAUUCAUAUGGUUGAAGGCAGAGGUUAUGUAUUUCAGAUGGAGGUAAUUAUAAGAGCCAGUAAAUUGGGGAAGAAAAUUGAAGAAGUUGGUUAUGUGUUUGUUGAUCGAAUGUUUGGUCAAUCCAAGUUAACAUCCAACGAGAUUUUUCAGUACCUCUUUGGACUCUUAAAACUUUUUUGGACGGUCUAA